AUAUAUAUAUAUAUAUAUACUGGAGUAGCUCUCCCUUUGCAUCAUUUCUCCAUCUCUUGAUCUGGGGUUCUCAACAAACAGAAAAUAAUUACUGGUAUGGAGGAUCAGUUUCCAAAAAUAGAAACCUUCAUGCACAAGGAAUUGGUGGCAGCUUAUUGUAGUUUUCAUGGAAAGGCAACAGGCUCAAAAUAUUUUGGUGAUCCAACCAUUUGGGGUGCUCUAUCUGGGGCAACUUGUCGCGUCGAGGAUGGAAAUAGUGGCAUGAAAUCGCCGUCGCAAUCGUCUUCUGAGAGAUUAUUUUCGAGUUCGGAAUCUAGUUCUUCGGCAGAUGAUCAGGUUUCAGGUACCGAUUUGAUCGGUAACAUCCCUGGGUUUGGUAAACAGGAUGUUGUCAACCAAGAUCAUGAAAGUUGUUUCAUGUCAGGAUUGAAUUCUAUCAACGCUCUUGGAGCUAAUUCAAUAUCUGAUCAAACUAUCAAAGAAAGCUCCAUUCCUGUGAAUUUCUUGGAACCUUUUCCAACAUUAAAUAACGAAGCUCAAGUUCCUGAACCUCCUCCUCCAUCUUCGUUAUCAAAAUCCCCAAAUUUAACCUUGUUUUUGCAGGAACCAGCGGCAGCUUCAUUGUUACAUCCAUCCAAACAAGUUCUCGAUCCACCUGGCAAGGAUCAAAGAUGUGAACCUGCCAUGUCAUUGUUUCCAAACACUUCAUUUUCCAUGCCUCAACUUGGCCAAAUUCAUUGCCAACCGAGUAAUGAAUGGCUCAAAAUCAAUCAAACUUUGGCAAAUUAUUCUACCAAAGGAUUUAAUGACUAUUGGCUUAGCACUACGAAGACACAGCCGAUGAAAUACUCGGGCAGAAGAUUGCAGAACCACCAUCAAAAGCCUUCUUUUUCAUCGGCAUCAACAUCGCCCGGAAAGCUGUUUAGAGGAGUGCGGCAAAGGCACUGGGGAAAAUGGGUUGCAGAGAUUAGGUUACCAAGAAACCGGACGAGGGUCUGGCUAGGGACCUUCGACACAGCGGAAGAUGCUGCUAUCGCUUAUGACACUGCAGCUUACAUGUUACGAGGAGAUUAUGCGCAUUUGAAUUUCCCAGAUCUUAAGCAUCAACUCAAGUCUAGUUCAUUGAAUAGAACCACAGCUGCCCUUCUUGAAGCGAAGCUACAAGCGAUAUCAUCACAAGGCAGCAACAUUUCUGGUCAAAAUAAGCAUAUUAGUGAUCCACCUCCACCAUCGCCAAGCAAGAUUAAUGUGCAUGCUACAGAUGCUACAAAACUCAAAGGUUUGAGCCAAAAUACAACAAGAAAAGAGUGGCAAUUUGAGUUAAGAGGCAAAAGUGGAGGCGAAGUGAUUGAGAGCAAGAAAGGUCAAGAGGUUGUAGCAUCGGAUAUUGAUGCUAUUCAGUUAAGUAGAAUGCCUUCCUUGGACAUGGACAUGAUCUGGGAUGCUCUUUUAGUCUCUGACUCAUGAACUUUUUCUUACCUAUUUUCGCAUUUAAUUAGUAUGAUGUGAAGAUUGUCAAGAUAAAGAGUUUUUUUUUUUUUUUUAAAUUUCUUUCAUUCGAGAUUUUAGGAUCUACCAUGCAAUCUUCUUGAAAUCUGUAUUUUGCUUAAUUAUUGAUGUUCUCUAUACAGGGUUUCUUUUUGCUUCUUCCUUAA